UGCUGCUUCUGCUUGCUACUCUCUGCUUUCAGCUACUGCCGCUGGUUAGCCCUCUGUGCAGAGGGUGAGAAGAGGAGCCGAGUGCGUAAGUCUCCUUCUGCCGGUACAUAGCCUCUCCAUCGCCAAGACUCCUGCAGUGCCUCCUCGUGGCCACACAUGGCAACUGGGUACCUUGCGGCCCCAGGCUAAACUGUAGGGGAUCUUGGAGCAGCAGUGGGCCCCAGAGACAAGGCGCGCAGGCCCACCGGUGUGUGGACACGCCCUGGUGCCUCUCAACCACUGUCCCAGCUAUGGGCAAAUAGCAUGGGCAGGUGGGGCUCAGACAUGUAUGGCAACCCAUCUAGGAGAAGGUCACUCCAAACAAAAACCAUGGGUGCUGCUCGCACCUGGCUCCGUACCGCAUGCCACCUGAAGGUAUCGGAGUAAAGGGCGGAUAAGAGCUUAUGCCUAAAACGGCCAGAUCAGGGCUGAGAGGAAUUGCGCCCCACAGCCCUUACAUAGCAUUUAAAGCCUAACAAUGGAGAGUCCAGUUAUUGAGAAUCCUAUACUUCCAGUGGCGGGAGUCCACAGGAAUCACGCAGCAAAUGGUGGUGCUGGUCCUCCCCCCGGUGGACAGCAUGACGAUGGGACCCCAAAGCCGAAAGGGAGGGUUCACUCUGACUACAGCACACGGUCAAAUGCACUCAUGUGUUGUCGGAGACCAUUUAUUAUGGGAACCUUUAAUGCAAACACAGUGAGGGAAGAAGCGAAGUUGGUGGAGCUUGCACAUUGUGCCGAAGAAAGGGGAGUGGAGAACCUGGGAGUCAAGGAGCACAGGAGAGUACAUGCUGAUGAUCCGAUCGUGUAUCGCACAGUGGAGGGAUGCUCACUCAUCACCUCAUCUGCAUGGCGAAACGAGGCCCAGGCUGCUACUGGUGGCGUGGGGCUAAUGCUGAGCUCUCGGGCGCGUAAGGCUCUCCGUAGGGUUCACCAUCACACCGAGAUGAUCAUUAUCGUGGAUUUCGAUAGCAACCCAGUUACAACCCUCAUGGUCAUGUACUCACCUACCAACGUAACACCAGUUGAGGAAGUAGAGAAGUUCUAUGAGGAUCUGUUUAGUGUGUUUAGUGUGUACUUUUAGUACACAAUGGACAGUGUGUGCAAACUACUCUCCAUACUAUUUUCCUAAGGUCCUGUGAAAUUAUUGUAAGACAUCCCCCCUUAUAAUAAAAAAGCCCUGCUUCUUCCUCUCUGAUUUAUUGAACCUAGCACCAGGACCUCCUAAGUAUUUACUUCAUGAACAGUGUGCUCCCGA